ACAACCAUCACCAUGCCCAACGGAGGCUGCGGGUGUUGCGGUGGCAGCAACAACAACUACACCGUCUGCUGCUACAGCAGUCCGAGGUGCUGCAAGACACCGUGCUGCUAUCCCUCUCAGUACUGCUGCUCCACGCCCUGCUGCAUGCCCAUGACCUGCUGCUACACCCUGAGCAGCAACAACAACAACAGUGGCUGCUGCGGCUGUGGCAACUAAAGCCCUGGGUGCAGAGCAAGGCUGCGCUCAGCUCCCCUGCUGCUGCGCUCCUGCUGCUCCCCCCUGGCUCCUCGCUGCUGGAUAUGGACAUGGAUACGGACACGGCCAUGGAUGUUCCUCCUUCUUUGCUUAGAGACUGCAGAUCUCUCCUCUUCUUUGCUUACCUUUCAUCACCAAAUGCCUGGAAUGUGCUUUGAAGUUUCUCCUCGCUGAUCAGUGUGGUUUAUCCUUUGUGAGCACUAAUCCUGCUGUUAAUUUUCCUCUUGGUGUAUGGGAUGCUCUCCUUCCUUGCUUUGACCUCCAAUUAUUCAUGAAAGACAA